UAAUUAAGCGGGUCGACCAACCACCUCAUUCUGAUAAUUGCAAAACAAUUCUCUUCAAACAAGAAAUAGGAAGAUGCCCAGAAAUUCACAACACUCGAGAUAUAGGUAAGUGUACUUGUUUCUUGAUUCAGUUGUGGUGUGUGUAUUUUUCGGCUGGUGGAACGAUUUGUGAGAAGCACAACAGUCCCGAGGAAUCGGGAUGGAACAGUUGCAAAUAUCUCCGGCCGAUUCGAUGGGGAGCCCGGGGAAGGAACAGCGAGCUGCCGGCGUUGGGAUUCUUCUACAGAUCAUGAUGCUCGUUCUCUCAUUCGUCCUCGGCCACGUUCUUCGUCGUCACCGAAUCUAUUACCUUCCAGAAGCCAGUGCUUCUCUCUUGAUUGGUUUAAUUGUGGGUGGACUAGCUAAUAUUUCCAAUACGGAGAAUAGCAUAAGGUCUUGGUUCAACUUCCACGAGGAGUUCUUCUUCUUGUUUCUGCUGCCCCCGAUCAUAUUCCAGUCGGGCUUCAGUAUGCAACCUAAACCAUUCUUUUCUAACUUUGGAGCCAUUGUGACAUUUGCAAUUUUUGGGACUUUUGUAGCUUCUGUUGUCACAGGCGUUUUGGUAUACCUAGGUGGAGUUACAUAUCUCAUGUACAAACUUCCAUUUGUCGAGUGUCUAAUGUUUGGUGCUCUCAUCUCAGCUACUGAUCCUGUCACUGUAUUGUCUAUAUUUCAGGAACUUGGUACAGAUGUGAAUCUCUAUGCUUUGGUCUUUGGCGAAUCUGUGCUAAACGAUGCAAUGGCAAUUUCUUUGUACAGGACAAUGUCAUUGGUGAGAAGCAAUAUGUCAAGUGGUCAAAACUUUCUCAUGAUCGUGGUCAGAUUUCUUGAGACUUUUGUUGGCUCUAUGUCAGCAGGGGUUGGAGUUGGAUUCACAUCUGCUUUGCUUUUCAAGUAUGCGGGUUUGGAUAUUGACAAUCUUCAUAAUUUGGAGUGCUGUCUGUUCGUUCUCUUCCCAUAUUUCUCAUACAUGCUAGCUGAAGGGUUUGGCCUCUCGGGUAUCGUGUCCAUAUUGUUUACUGGAAUAGUCAUGAAGCACUAUACUUUCUCGAACUUGUCGGAUAAUUCUCAGAAAUUUACAGCUGCAUUUUUCCAUCUGAUAUCAUCUUUGGCAGAAACUUUUGUAUUUAUAUACAUGGGAUUUGACAUUGCCAUGGAAAAGCACAGCUGGUCUCAUAUGGGAUUUGUCUUUUUUUCUAUUUUGUUCAUUGGAAUUGCAAGAGCUGCAAAUGUGUUCUCGUGCGCAUAUUUGGUGAAUUUGGUCCGACCUUCGCACAGAAAAAUACCAAUGAAGCAUCAGAAAGCACUUUGGUACAGCGGGCUCCGAGGGGCUAUGGCCUUUGCCCUAGCACUGCAAUCAGUUCAUGACCUUCCAGAAGGGCAUGGUCAGACAAUAUUCACUGCGACAACUGCGAUAGUUGUUCUGACGGUCUUACUGAUAGGAGGAUCAACAGGAACCAUGCUGGAAGCUUUACAAGUUGUGGGUGACGGCCAUGAUGCCCCACUUGGCGAAAGCUUUGAGGCAAAUAGCGGCUACAGAGCUCCUAGCUACGAGGGGGAAUCAUCAUCUGGGAGCCGGUUCAAGAUGAAACUAAAAGAGUUCCAUAAGAGCACUGCAUCUUUUACUGCAUUAGAUAGGAACUACCUCACACCGUUUUUCACAACUCAAAAUGGCGAUGAUGAAGAUGAGCAUGAUGAACUUCUUGGAGAUUCCAGGAGAGGAGUGCUUCGCGGACAUGACUGAACCUACUUGCAAUAGUUGGUUAAUUUUAUCAUCGUGACUAGGCGUAUCACACUGGAGAUAAGGACUGGUUAGUGCAUCUCAAAUCCAUCGGUCUAUAAGUAUACUGUUAGAAUCAUCUUUAGAAGUAUAUUGCGAUCCAAUUGUAGAUUGGAGAUUUUAGCCUAGAAACUGUACUGGUAGGAUUGCUGGGUACAGCAUUUAUUCAAUCUCUUUUUAGUCGGACCAUCCUUGUUCCUGUACAUGAUGUAAGAACUGGUCUUGAGAUCAUGACAUGUUCUGAUGAUAAUUUGAUGGCUAUUAUUUGUUCAA